AGAGAGAAAAAUCUGAUACUUUCAGAAAAUGAUAUUCUGGACUUAAAAUUUUUCAAUUAUAUUAAACCUGUUGCAAAUUUGCAACCCCUGCCUGGAAAGGGUUUUAAUAUACAUCUAAUCUGGGAAGAAUAAAAUGGAAUACGGUUACCUAUGGUUUGCUCAAUAAUUUAUAUUUUGGGGGCAUAUUGUUUAAUUUGUGCUCUUGCAGGCUCUGUUGUCAGUUUGUGAUUAUUUUAUCAGUAUUUUUACACCUGAGCCCCCCUGCCAUGUACAACCACAACAUAAUUUUAUAAGAGCUUUUAUAAUACCGUUACCAGAAAGAGCUAUAUAAUUUACAAUAAAAAAAAAAUGUUUACUUUAUUAUGUUUCACUGGAAUUUUUGGUUUGCUUUUAGUUCGGUAAAAGUUGAAUCAGUCCCGGUACUUCUUCUUUACUCAUCUUUGUUAUGAUGAGUUAUGUUGUGUUAGUAAGUUAUUAUGAUGAUCAGCUUUCUGAUACCUUUUUUUCUUUUUUUUUACCUUUUUUUAAUAUUGUCCUUUUUUUUUUUUAAAGCUUUUGCUCCCGUCGACUUGUCUGUCGCCCAUUUCCCGUGCUUGCCCUUCAAAAUAAGAUCCAGCAAGCGAAGACAGGAAAGCGAAAGUUAACGCUGCUGCGUUACUUGCAAGUCACGUGAUUUAGCGUAAAACUCGAGGAACGGCGGUGGCUCCUCCUCCUCCUCGACCUCCUCCUCGACCUCCUCCCGAAUGUGUUAAAGCGAAACUAAAACAUGUUUCCAGUGCGGUCGAGUUGCAGUCCGCGGCAUCUAUCUGCAAAACUGCUUUACGUGGCCUACCGCCAAACUCGCGGCUUCCUGACGCGAGCUUUCCUCGUUCGAUGUGGACCGCGAGCGCCAUGGCGUCACAAAGCGGCCGCAGCAGUUGAUGGCGCCCGGAACCGAGGUCCUGCCGGCAGCGGACGGGGUAGAAAAUGGUGCAAUAUGCGGGCGUCCAGUACAGGUAUCCCGUUAAAAGGAUGGUUAGAGAGAAGCCGGACAGGACAGAGAAAAAGAAAAAGGAUGUAAAACAACCGAACACGAGUCCAGAUCCUGACGAGCCCGCGACACCUCAACAAGUCCAGCGUUCGGGACAAAAGAACCAGGACGCUACGGAGGGGCGGCCGGACGCGCUGCACUGCAGCCACCUGCACAGUCUGCACAGUGUGCACCUCUCAGACGAACAACUUGAAACCUGGUCUAAGAGGGGACCGGAAGCCGCCAACUUGCCCACUCACCUCCGCCCGUUCAGCAGCCCGGAAGAGUACAAACUGGUCAAGCGGACCCACCAGGAGCUCCAGCACAGCUCCUACUACUGGGGAGCGAUGACCAUGGAGGAAGCGCACCGAAUUCUUACGCUGGCGUCACCGGGCACGUUCCUCAUCAGGGACAGCGGUCAGCCGGACGUGUUCUUCACCCUCAGCUACCACAGCGACGACGGGCCGAUGAGCAUCCGCGUGGUGCUCCGGAAGCUCCUCUUCAGUCUCUGCGGGAGCCAAAAGACUUUCCCCUCCCUCUUCGACCUGCUGGCUCACUACAGCGGCCCGUCGUGCAAACUGACCACGCCGUACCGCAGGCAGCGGCCCGAGCGCCUCAUGCAGAUCUGCCGGAGGGCGCUGGUGCGCACGUACGGCGCCGAGAACAUAAGAAACUUAACUGGGCUCAGUUCUGAGGUCAAAGACUACAUUCACGCCUAUCCUCACGCCAUAUAGUAGAAAUAUUCACAGCGCUUUCGUGUCAAAUUUCAGGAUGAAUUUAAAAAAUGAACUAAAGCAAAGCCUCAAUUAUUGCGGGGUUACGUGCUAGACCGGUUUUGGCAAACUUUCGGCCAGGGGGACCGAAUCCGGCCCACGAGAGGGUACAAUCUGGCUCGGAGAGGGACUUCGACAGUGCAAAAUUGAAAUUGUGGUUCGGUGGAAUCAAGAUAAUUUUGAGAAUUAUGACGUUUUUCUGCUUUAAAAUACAGUCAAUGUGACGAUGUAUAAGGCGGACUUGACAAUUGGAAAAAAAAAAUUUCAGAUUGUUUUGUGAAACUACACACAAGAAAAUAAUUACAACCAAAUUCAGUGGUGCCUCGGUUCUCGACCGCAAUCCUUUCCAGAAGGCCGGUUGAAAAGUUGAAACGUUCGAAAUCCAAAGCGCGUUUUCCCAUUUCAAUUAAUGGAAAAUGAAAUAAUUAGUUCCAAGCCUAAAAAAAAUGUUAAUAUUACUGCACUUUAGAGGUCAUUUCACUUUUCUUAUUAUGCCAUCAAAUCCAAUUACAGUGAUGCCUCCGUUCUCGACCACAAUCCGGCCUAGAAAACGGUUCGAGAAGUGAUUUGUUCAAAAACCGAAUCGAUGUAUCCCAUUACAAUGAAUGAAAAAAGAAAUAAUGCGUUCCAAGCCUAAAAAAAAACAGGCUUUCAAAGCAAUUAAAUAAUGUAAGAAAUAUAUUUAUUUUUUUGCUUAAAAUGUCUGCUUUAGUAGUAGAGUUUGCUAGGCUGAGUGUGCAUGGCCGUAUCUGUAUCUAUUGUAAACCUUUUUUUUUUUAUGAACAAAAGUGCAGAAUAACUUUAAACACGCAAUAAUGAGGGGGAAAAAAACAGACAAAUUGUUUUUUUAUUUGCACAGAAAGUAACGUGCAAAAAAUAGCUCAGAAACACGCACACCAGAUUCGUGCUCGGCUAUCAAAUCCUUCUUGAAGUCAACAGUUUUACGCGCCACUUUCCUUUUUUCAGCACUCGCAGUUCCACUUGCCUUCUUUGGAGGCAUGAUCGGGGGUUACUAUUUCUCAAAAAGUCACGUCCUAUUGGAUCUUUUCUAGUCUGAUAAAUGCGAAUAAUAUUAAUGCAUCAAAACGACACGGGAAAGUCACUCGACCUCACACAACGACCUCUUUUUGGCAUCCCGGCCGUGGCGGCCAUGUUGGGAAGAAAAAACUCCGCACAACUCAUCGUAAAAACUGAUUUUGUGCAUUUUAGUAAUCGUCCGGUACCGUCUCUGCAAUGUGGAUAUUUCAGAUCACUUGUAACUUGAGAAAGAAAGAAAAAAUGUGAGAUUGUAGAACACACACAGCAACAUCAGAAUUUGCAUUUUAUUUUUUUGUGUAUUUAUUUUUUGUAAUUGAUGUUCAUGCUCUGGUAAAGAAAAUCAGGAGUUGCUGACUUGACUCGGUAUCAGAGUAAUUAUUUAUCUGUGUACUCAAUUUUUUUAGGAAGAUUACUUUGUGACUUUUACUCACUUGAGUAUUGUAGGAUAUAACAUGUCGAUUGCGCUGAAGCAUCUUUUUAUGCUCAUUAUUAGAUCAGCCGGUGUGUUUGUCGUACUGGUCUUUUGUGUUUUCGCCUUGAGGCGGUCCCGAUUGCGGUCUCGGCGGAACCACCGAGAACACCUGACAUUGGCGACAAGAGUCGAUCCAUUCGCGCAUCUUGUAAUAAUUAGUAAAUGUGCCUCCAAUGAAUUAAAUUAUUUCACCGAUGUCAAUGUUGAACGUAUGAAGCGACGUUAGGGAUUAUGUCACAGUUUCCCAUUCAGAAAUGUUAAAAUCUUUUAAAAGGUUUUAGCGCUUCACGCAACAGCCAAUAAAUGGUAGUCAUUGCCGCGGGGCAGUUUGAAGGAAGCGCGGCUGCCAUUGCGCGCCCACGGCCCCUCCGACCUCCACCAAACAUCCAACCGCAUUCGUUCCAGGGCAAUGUUGAAUUAAGUGCCUUGCCCAGGGACAGAACGAUGGAAUACAAAUGUAAAUGACAAUACAGAUAAGAAGCAGAAACAGCACGUCAUGCACAUCAAACAAAAAUAUUUCACUCCGCAGAUCCAAAUAAUUUGUAAACAAAUAAUUUGAGAUGUUUCUUAAAGGUCAAGUGUCAUGAAAUGGAUGUUUUUUAGUAUGUUAUUAAUGAAAAAAAACGGCAGCCGGUAUGGACACAUCUGUUUUUUUUUUUUUCACCACAAAACACGAUUUUGACGUAUACGGCUUUUUGUAACUCGUGCUGUGAAAAUUCUCUCGAGGAAUUUUUUUCCAAGAAGCAGGAAGUGACGUAAGGCGCUGGAACGCCCUCCAGCGGACUCGUUUGUUUCUAUUAGUUUUACCUGUGGGAAGGUAAAUUGAAGUGAAUAAUCUUAUAUGUAUUUUUCAUUGCAAUAUCUAUUUUAGAACGUUUAUAUGGAUGACACUUGCAUUUUAACGCUCUUGAAAUGGAAAAAAAAGGCUGAUGCCAUUUUUUUCCACCAGGGGCAGUAAAACAUAAUAUUGGCACAUCUCUAGAAAUUAAUUACCUACAAGGGUACUGGGACGCCAUGAUUGGUUUUCGAUGUUCACUUUGUCAAUAUAUGUGUUUAUUCAUAUUCAGUAAAU